AUGAUGACAAUUGAAGAUACUUCUCAGUACUCGAAUUUGAAUUUCGUGUGUAUUCAUGCGGUGUUGAUGACAAGUACAAGUUCGAGUUCUCUCCGAUGCCCCCAGCUCUUGUUUUUGGUUCGUGGAAAAAACGGAGGAUUGGCGUGCCACCGAGCGCAUAACGGCCUGCGUUGGCAGUUCUGGGCCAGAAACUGCUUCCUAGGAGAUAGACGAUCUGUCGGUAGAAGGGUAUUUGAGGCAGAGCAGAGUGGAAAAGUGUCCGUCACUUCAACGACAAUGACAAUGAUCGGCGAAAGUGUGACCGACGGAUGUUUAUGUUACAGUCUUUUUGACUUGUUAGAUCGCACGUCGCGAAGAUAGCAGUGAAAACAAUUCAGCACCAUCGCGAGCUUAAGUCGAGCUUUGGUGUCACGGCUUCUGAUCAUGGCAGUGACCACUUAUCCAGGACGAACGCAAAUCAAUGCGGCGAGUCGUACAUGAUUCGAGGAAACACUGCGUAAGGUAGCUGAGGCGACGAAUCUAAUACUAGCAAUGUGAAGAUGUGUGAUUACGAUAUGCAUAGGCAUAGCCAUAGGUUCGUUUUGUUUUCAGGUGCAGUAGAAGUCUUAGUGUUAGUGCCGUCCUACUACCACGCACUAGAAUGCCAUCUGUCGACCAGGGAGAGCGCUCCUGGUCCUCGUCUUCGGCGACAAGUUCGCCCGCACGCGUGGGCCGCGAGAAGUGCUCUAGUACCUCACUCUGUGUACCUUCGCCGGAUGCGUCUCGACCUGGUCCUACCGUGGAGCCGGGCAGGAAGAGGACUGAAGAUGAGCUCUUGCUCGAAUUGGGACGCAUGCAUGGCGCUGCGGUAUGACCAGCAACAUAUUUUUUGCAUGUUGUAGUUGUUGUCUCUUGGUCAAUCUUUUCUGCGGCCCUCUUGUUUGCUUGCGUUUUUCGCGUUGGUUUCCCGCCCUGAACAUUUUAGAAGUAGGUCAAUGAUCGUUGCCUGGACCACAUGGCCUGUUGCACGUGUACUUAAUGUAAGUAACAACUGUGGGUAGAGGAAGAGGUAGCGUAGUUUUUUUAAAAUAUCAC